GAGCCGGUGCUGGACUCCCAGGUGCUCCUGCUUUACGAGGAUGACACAGGUGAGGACUCCCAGAUUCCAUCAACACUUGAUGAAGGGGAAGCUGUGUUGUAUCGUCCCGGGUGGAAGAACCUUAUGAUCUCAAUGCAAGAGAAGCCAGACAAGCAGCCACCCGAGAUCCAGUGCACCAGCACUUUGCAUCAUGUGUUGAAGAAGGAUGACACAGAGGUUGCCGGUGCAGCUCUGGCCAAGGCGAAGGCUGGUGCAAGCAAGGCCAAGGCUAAGCCGGUAAAGAAGGAGGUGCUCAAGAAGCCGUCUGCCGCCGAGUCCGCGACAUCGGCAGCAGCUGGCCCCAUCAAUCAGACGAUAGAUGAUCUGCGAAAUGGCGAUCCUGCCCUCUGCGAAAAGAGAGACAAAGGCAAAGGAGUCCGAUUCUCGAAGGAUCGAGACUCCCUCCCUCCCCACGUCCUGCACCUCAUAGACAAGGAGUCCCGGGGAAACCGUGCUUUCAAGAGCAUCGUGAUAAACAAGCUCUACCAGAGGCAACCGGACGGGUCUUUGCGACUGUGUCUCUCAGACCCGAUUUUCAGCGAAGCACAGCAGUUGUACACGAACAGCUACAGCAAGACCAAGCAACACUCGCUUCCCGAGACGGUGAUGCUGGCCAGCCACUUCGGAGGCAACGAGCGAUUGUUCCAGGAGGCUGCGAGGAAGGGAGAGAUUUUCUCCCAGAAGGGCCCCGACAAUAUCAUGUAUUGGUCCUUCAAGUCCUGGGAGAUUGGCUGCAAGGAUGGGAAAAUGGUGAGCCAGAAGCUCGAUCAGCAGAAGAAGGUCUCCAAGGACCAGGCCGAGGAGCUCUUGGAGGCUUUUGGUUCCGUGAACUGGAAGUUUACUCCUAAGCAGUUUGAGAAGGGCAUGAUUGAGGAUCACGGCGAGAUUUCGGCCUCCUCCCUGAAUCUCUUGAAGCAGGCAAUCCAAAGCGAGGAGAAGCUUUGCAAGGAGACAAACAGUCUCUUGAAGAGCACGGGCCUCGACAGCGACUUUAUCAAAAGCCUCAAGGUUUUCUACACGAAGGCCACAGCCCACAUUGCCAGUUUGAACCAGCUGAAGGAGCUGAACAUGAUGCCGGAUGCCACGACCCCGACGGAGGAAUCCGUGAAGCAGCUGUUCUUGGAUAUCGCAGAGCACACAAGCAAGUUCAAUGAUUCUGUGGAGAUUGGCAAAGCCAAGCUCAAGGCCCAGAAAAACUGA